AUGACGCGCGACGCGGACGAUGGAGCGCGUGCACGGGUGCCAAAGAAGCCGCGUGUGACGCCUGUGAGCUUACAGGCGCGCACACUUGACCGCCUUUUUCAGGAUCCAAGCAAGCCUGUCCAGGUUCCCGAGGCGCAUAUGGAAAGAAGCGUGCGUGCGCCCCGCGAGAUUAUGAAGAAUGUGAGCGGCAGCACGGCGGGAGCGAGCAGUGGCGAUUUUCAUGUGUACAAGCAGAUGCGUGAGCGCGAGUUUGAUCGCAUACAGAUUAUGGAGGAGAAUGCAGAACGGGAAAAAGAGCAAGCGGACUACGUGGCGCAGCAGCAAAAAUACGCACAGGCCGACGAGCGCAAGACGUGCAAGAACCGCGCGCGGCGCGAAAAGAAGAAAUUAGCUGCCCAACGUGGCAAACUGGCACAAAAGCAGGAGCACGGCGAGGAUCGCAACGUUCCAGAUCAGUAG